AUGGACGAGGACGACCAGUCACGAGCCAGCUCACCCACCUCGGACCGUGACAAUGAGCCCGACGAAGUGAUGGAUGACGCCGAUGUCGAAGGUGACAGGGAGGAAGAUGGCGAGAGGGAGGACGAAGGUGAUGGCGACAACGGCGACGAGCAGGCGGCAGACGGAGGAGACGACAACGGCGACGAUGCUGAUGGCGAGAACACUACCGUCGUCGUGGCGGCCGACGAGGCCCAGGCGACCGACAACCUGGGCGCCGACGGCGACGACCGAGUCCGCGGCAAGCAGCCCGCGUCACCCAGCACGCACUCCGACACGCUGGAGCUUGACCAGCUCCCGUCCCUCUACAGGACGUGGCGGCCCAAGAUCCGGCCCGAGGUCUACACGGCGCGCCUGUACGACAUUGUCCCCACGAUGGCGGCGCCCAUGUCGACGAGCAUCAAUGCCAUGGCCAUUACGCCCGAUCUGCGGUACUGGAUCACCGGAGGCGCCGACGGCUACAUCCGCAAGUACGACGGUCCGGGCACCAUCAACGGCAAGCUGCCCCUGACCGUUGCUCAGAGACACCCGUUUGUCGACUCGGUCACAAAGGCCGGCAUCCUCAUGUCGUACUGGCCCAACGAGGAACCAGCUGCCCCGGGACGCAGCGACCAGGAGCAUGUGCUCUCCUCUGUCUACUCGCUGGCUGUCCAUUCAGAGGCUCUGUGGCUGCUGUCCGGCCUCGAGUCUGGCGCAAUCAACCUGCAGAGCGUUCGCCACGACGAGGGCAAGCGGAUAUGCUCUCUCCAGAAGCACACCAACGCUGUCAGCGUGCUCACUUUGGCCCCCAAUGAGAGAAGUGUGCUCAGCGGCUCCUGGGAUAAGAACAUUUUUGACUGGGACCUCGAUACGGGGCACAUCAAGCGGAGCUUUGACGGCAGCGGAGGUCAGAUUUCGUCCAUUGAGCUGCGACCAGCGAGCGGCGCCCCAGUCCCAGCAGAUGCCGACGAGCCUCUGCCUUCCAGCACGAUAUCUACCAACAACGGAGCACCCAUCGCUGGCGCGAGCUUCACAGGGAGUGCAAAUAUCAGAAGCCCCAAUGGACUCGACAAGUCCAUUACUGUCGCCACGAGGGACGAGACUGACGCUGCGGCUGCGGCUUCUCCGGCCCACGAGAGUCUGUUUGGCGGAAGCGAUGAUGCUGGAAGUCUCUUUGGUGAGACGGCAGGGGAGCAGCCGUUUGGCCACGAUGACGACGAAUUCGGCGGUGGUAUGAACAUGGCAGGAAGCAAUGAGGCGGGGAUGGACCACUCAGCAGACAAGGCAAUGGAGAAUAUGGGCCGCAUGGAGGCAGACAAGGAGCUCAAACAGUCAGAUCCUGCAGACGAUGCCAUGGACGUAGAUGUCUCGAUGUCCAUUUCAGGCCCGGCACCAGCUUCCGAAUCAACCCAAUCACUCCAACAGCAGGCCCAAUCCCUGGAGGGCGAAUCCACAGCUGAGGCGUCAUCUGAGCGCCUGGGCACCAAGAGGCCGCGGUCCCCAAUGAUUGUCAGUUCGCAGCCACCACCGACUCAAUUCGAUCCCACGCAGGUAUCGCAGACGACCUUCCUUUCAUCAGCCAUUGACGGCACGAUUCGCAUCUGGGACAGGCGUGUUCCCAGCGCCGUAGCCAGGAUUCCAAAUAGAGUAGGCGUGCCGCCUUGGUGCAUGAGCGCCUGUUGGAGCCCAGACGGCAACAAGAUCUAUGCGGGCAGACGUAACGGAACGGUCGAGGAGUUUGACAUUGCCAAAGCCAAGAGGGGAUGGCAGCCGGAGAGGGUGCUUCGGUUUCCGGCAGGCAGCGGAGCAGUGAGUGCCAUUAAGCCCAUGGUCAACGGGCGGCACUUGGUCUGUGCGUCACACGACAUUCUCAGGCUUUAUGAUUUGCGAGAAUCUCGCGCUUUCAAGCACUCGACCGUGCCGUUCCUCAUCAUACCGGGACCCCCCAGAGCAGGUGUCAUCUCGAGUCUGUACAUCGAUCCCACGAGCAGAUUCAUGCUAAGCGCAGCGGGCAAUCGCGGAUGGGAAGGAACAAACACCGAGGUGUUGAUCGGCUAUGAAAUUCACGUUGUUUCGGGCGCUUGA